AUAUGUUAUUGGUUGCCAAUCUCUCUCACACCAUUGGAAAAUCACAGUAUCGUCAAGUUCUUGGCCAAGUUAUUAGUGUUCGAUUUAUUGUAGACCAAAAGGGUAAGCGUGUGGGGUGUGGCUUUGUUGACCUUGCUUCUGCGGAGGAAGCAACAAUGGCUGUGCAAGAAAAGAAUGGUGCUAAGCUUUUUGUUAGCGUGGCUGAGAUAGCUCGUGAGUACCCUUUCUGACCUAACUACAACCUUCAAGAUAUGCUUUGGUACGAAUACAACUUUUUACAAGAAAACUUUAAGUCGAAAAUCAAAUUUAACCAGAAAAACUAGAAGGCAUUAUUCUGCAGUCGGAAUACAACUUUCUCUAAUAUCAAUUGAUAGAAGCUUAAUGGUUGUUUUAAACUUAUGAUAUGAUGCAAGUUAUCACUUUUUAUUUAGCAGUCAGAUUUAUUUUUGGGUAAUUUAGGAGGUAAUUGAUAGUUGCUGUGGAUGCUGUCCACAGUCCUAUUUAUUUCUAUAGCACUAAAUUCAGAGCAAUCAAGCUUUAAUUUUUUUUUUGAAAUUACAGCUCUUAAAAUAACCUACAGCUGUAUAAGUGCUCUGCAGAGCCAAAUAUCCAAAGCAAUUUUUUAGUGUUUUACAUAAAAUUCUACAGCAAUAAAAUCUAAAACCACAGCAAAAAGUCUACAGACUUUUUUUUACAACAAUAAUUUUAAAGCUACAGUCAUUACCAAUCGGAUCUUUACUUUGGUUUUUUCGGUAUUUUAAAUAAUCUUUUUUUCAUAGUAAAAAAAAAACCAAAAUAACGAUAAAAAGGGAAAGACCAAGAAAAAAAAGAAAAAAACAAAAAUACUAAAAAGACAAAUACGCCUUUUUUUUAUUGUUUUAUUUAAGACAGUCCAACCCCACAGGUAAACCGCGGUAGAAAUAAAUUACAUUAACACAAAAAAAAAAGGCUCGAGCUUUCCUUUGCGUCUCUCCGUUUCUCAAUCGCCGGUCACCGUGUUGUGGCCAGACUCGCCGGAGGAGUUAUAACACCGCCGCGAAGGUCAGUUCUUGCGAUCUGACCUACAACGGGUCCUCUUUUUGGAGGCCAUACUUAUGGCGUUGAAGCAGUAGGAAGAUUUGGUUAGACUCUGCGGAGGAUUGAAUUGAAUCUCAGUUCUUUGUAUCACCAUUGUUUAAGUUGAAUCCCGUUUCAUCCAAUUAAAGCUCAAAGAUUGCGUUUUUGGAGGAUAUGGCUGAUAAGUACAACGUCGAGGAAGCAGAGGCUUUAGCCAAGAGAGCCUUGCACUUACCAAUUACACAGGCGACGCCGAUCUACGAGCAGCUUUUGUCACUCUAUCCUACUUCUGCGAGGUUUUGGAAGCAGUAUGUGGAGACACAAAUGGCUGUGAAUAAUGAUGACGCUACCAAACAGAUAUUUAGUCGUUGCUUGUUGACCUGUCUUCAAGUUCCCCUUUGGCAAUGUUACAUUCGGUUCAUCAGAAAGGUUUAUGAUAAGAAGGGAGCUGAGGGUCAAGAGGAGACCACAAAGGCUUUCGAGUUUACACUUAAUUAUAUUGGGACAGACAUAGCAUCUGGGCCUAUAUGGACUGAGUACAUUACCUUUCUGAAAUCUCUUCCGGCUCUUAACCCCCACGAAGAUAUGCAACGGAAGAUUGCUCUCCGGAAAGUUUAUCAGAGAGCUAUAUUAACUCCUACUCACCACGUUGAGCAACUUUGGAAAGAAUAUGAGAACUUUGAGAACUCUGUUAACCGUCAAUUGGCCAAAGGACUCGUCAAUGAGUAUCAACCAAAGUUUAACAGUGCCAGAGCUGUCUAUAGGGAGCGCAAGAAGUACAUUGAAGACAUUGAUUGGAACAUGCUUGCUGUACCACCAACAGGAUCGUCCAAGGAAGAAGUUCAAUGGGUGGCCUGGAAGAAGUUUUUAACCUUUGAGAAGGGAAACCCUCAAAGGAUUGACGCGGCCUUGUCAACUAAGCGGAUUAUAUAUGUCUAUGAACAGUGUCUAAUGUGUUUAUACCACUAUCCCGAUGUGUGGUAUGACUAUGCUGAGUGGCACAUAAAAUCUGGUUCCACAGAUGCGGCAAUCAAAGUAUUUCAGCGAGCUCUUAAAGCCAUUCCUGAUUCGGAAAUGUUGAAAUAUGCUUAUGCUGAGUUGGAGGAAGCUCGUGGAGCUAUUCAGUCAGCAAAGAAUUUAUAUGAAAGCAUUUUGGGGGUUAGCACAAACUCUUUGGCACAAAUACAAUUCCUUCGUUUUCUCAGGAGGGCAGAGGGUGUUGAAUCUGCUCGCAAGUACUUUCUAGAAGCUAGAAAAUCUCCUAGCUGUACAUAUCAUGUGUAUAUUGCUUUCGCUACAAUGGCCUUUUGUCUUGACAAGGAUCCAAAGGCUGCUCAUAAUAUCUUCGAGGAGGGAUUGAAACGCUAUAUGACUGAACCCGUUUACAUCCUUGAGUAUGCAGAUUUCUUGACUAGACUGAAUGAUGAUAGAAAUAUCAGAGCUCUAUUUGAACGGGCCUUAAGCACACUACCCACUGAAGAAUCUGCUGAGGUCUGGAAUAGAUUCGUUCAGUUUGAACAAACAUAUGGAGAUCUUGCUAGUAUUCUAAAGGUUGAGCAGAGAAGGAAAGAAGCACUUUUCGGAAAAGGGGAAGAGGGAUCUCCUGCUCUAGAGAGUUCACUUCAAGAUGUUGUUUCGCGGUACAGUUACAUGGAUCUUUGGCCAUGCACUUCGAAUGAGCUUGAUCAUUUAUCCAGACAAGAGUUGCUUGUGAAAAAUAUGAAUAAGAAAGUAGAGAAGACAAACCAACCUCCUGGAUCUGCAACUAUAGGUAGUGUAGCUUCUUCGUCAAAAGUUGUUUAUCCAGAUACAGCUCAGAUGGUCGUCCAUGACCCAGCAAAGAAAUCAGGAAUUGAGUUUUCUAGUUCUGCAAAACCAGUGGCUGCUUCUGCUUCUAACACCUUUCAAAGUAAUGUGACAGCAACUGCAACUCAUGGAUCAGCCAGCACAUUUGAUGAAAUACCAAAGACUACUCCACCUGCAUUGUUAGCUUUUUUAGCUAACCUGCCUCAUGUUGACGGCCCAACACCCAAUGUGGAUGUUGUUCUCUCAAUAUGUCUGCAGAGUGACUUACCAACAGGCCAAACUGCCAAGCAGAAUUUUGUUGCCAAAGGCAACGUUCCAAGUCAAAAUGAUCCCUCAGGUCCAAACCGGGGUGGAUCUCAGAGAUUGCCAAGAGACAGAAGAGCUACAAAGAGAAAAGGUUCAGAUAGGCAAGAAGACGAUGAUACUGCCUCCAUACAAAGCCAGCCUCUACCUACAGAUGUAUUCAGACUUAGGCAAAUGCGUAAGGCUCGGGGGAUCUCAACAUCGUCACAGACACCAACCGGUUCCGCAUCGUAUGGUAGUGCCUACUCCGGUGAGCUAUCUGGUAGCACCGGCUAAAACAUGCCGAGAUAAGCAAACUUGUAUAAGCCUCUCUUGUUGCUGUAAUUUAUUACUCCCAACAAUUUUGAUUAAAUAAAAAUAGACUUCUUGGAUUACAUCA